ACUAGGCUGAGGCGCGGGGUCUUUGUGCCGAAGCUGGAGGAGGGGAAUGAAGCGGGUGUCUCUCCUCUGUGCCUCCUCUCAGACCCGUCUUUCUUGGGGAACAGCAGCGCUCCAAGGACAAUGGAGUCGGUAGAGAAAUGGCACAAGGAUUUCAUAGCCUUCAAGCUUCUGGACAAAAAAUGCAAUUCAAAGAGGAAUGGGGUAACAGGCUUGAUUGUAAAGCACCUUCAGAAAACCUUUAAGAUGCCCAGCUCCUUGCAGCUCUCCUCUUCUGUGGCUCUUCCCCAGCACUGCACAGGCUCCUGUCCAAACUUGAUGAUGAAUAAGAAUGAAGCCCUGAAUCGACAGCUGGACAAUGUGUCCCCUGCACCCCAGCUGCCCACCAGGAAACAUCGGACGCUCUGCUUUUCACUCUCCUCAGAUGGGGAUGGCCACUCUGAUGGUCUGGUGUCCCAGAGAUGGCGGAGGAGUCUGCAGGUUCAGAUGGAGCAGGCUAACAGUGGAGGGACAGCCAGCAGCACAGGGUCUCUGGAGCGGGCGUCCCUUUUCUGUGCCUCCAGGUCUGAUUCUCCCUCCCUGUCCAGUCCAGUGGGACCGCUCGCCAAAGCCAAAUCCUCCAGCCGGUUCUCCCUGUUCUCUCCGCCAUCUCGGCACAGCGGAGUGGAGUUGGAUUCCAACCCUCUGCCCUGCUGUGGUUCCAAGAAGUCCCACCACUACAGCCUAAAGGGGGUUUCAAAGCCUGAGGAGCCCUGCGACACAAAGUCAGGGGGACCGGAAUACUUCAACUUCUCAGAGCCCAUCAUCGGCAGGGUGAUGGACUGCAUCUAUCUUGGGAACCUCAAUGCGGCCUACUGUGGGAGGGUGCUGUGCAGGAACAACAUCGACAGCAUCAUCGACAUGAGCAGCCUGCCCAGCAGCUGCAUCCUGAAUGUCAUUCCGUGCACAUGCAGUCGAGAAGGGCUCCAGCACAGCUGGUCCCGCCUCAAGGUGGACAUCCAGGGCCCCCUGAAUGGGGGGUGUCCUGCCCUGAGGGAGCCUUGCUUCUGGGACAUUAAUGAGUGCAUUGAGGCCUCUCUGGAGAAAAGGAAGCGGGUUCUAAUCCACUGCCUGGAUGGUUAUUCCCUGGCCCCGACCUGUGUCAUCCAGUACCUGAUGGUGAAGCACAACAUGAGGCUGAUGGCAGCUUAUGAAUUUGUGAGGGCCAGGUACCCGCUGAACAUUCGUGAGUGUCAUCGGGAUAUGCUGGUGGGCCUGGAGAGGUCCCUGCACCCCGGUGACAUGGACAUGGAGUGUUUGAAGCUCUCCAUGUCCCGGAAGGUAGCAUGGACUUAAAAGGACACUGUGGCAAGAGACAGGUGCUGUUCUCUUUGGUACUAGGACAGAAGUGGAAUCCGAGGCAGCCAAAAAAGAAAAGCCUUCAUCUCCCCUACCGUGGUGACUGUAGUUGUUCUGUUGUAGUUGUUCUAGUUGCUGGCACAUGCUCUGGUAGCUGUGGCUAGUGCCACAAAGCAGGUGGCUGUCCUGGUCGGUGGCUAUAGUGUAGCAGAAGUGAGUGUGAGAUGGUGUCUCCAUGCCACGUCACGCUUUGGAUUAGGGUUAUUGGGAGGGAACCUCAAGGCACACCUUGGUUAGAUCCUCCGUAAAGGUGGGGUAGGUAAGACAUAGGGCAGCAUAUGCUAGUUUCUUAUGGAAGGCACCAUGUCCAGAGCCAGUUUUCUCCACUAGGCUAGAGGUUGUGGGGAGAGUUGUGAUUUGGGCAAAGAGGACGUGUUACACCUGAAAACAGGUGGCAUUUCUGGGAUCAAACCCCCAUUUGGAACUGCAGACAAAGGGGCCUCGUUUCAGUGUGGAACGACAUUGGACUAGUGUCCUCUGGUGCCACAUAGGACUCAUUAUUCUGUGACCCAUAGGCCGUGCCUGUAGUGUGCACAGUGCUUUCAGCAUUGGAGAUUUUUAAGAGCAGGCUAGUCAGACACUUGGGAGGAAUAGGCUAGGUAAUGCUUAGUCCUGCGGUGCGGGCAGGGGACUGGACUAGAUGCCCUCUCAAGGUCCCUUCCAGUUCUACGGUUCUAAGGAGAAAAGCCAGGCCCCUGUGCCCCAAGUGUUUACAGUCUAAUAAUAGAAGAGUUGAGAGGAUGCAUGAGGUGAGAAAAAAGAUGGGGGGGAAGGAAGGACGAGUGUUGCAGCAUUGGCAGUGGAUGAUUGGUUAAGGUGUGCCAGUCAGCCUACUCUCUCACUAUCUCCUAGCAACUUUACAUGGGGAUUCCUCCAAGCCCAGGACAACAGUGCAGUAGUCCAAUCUCUGUGGAUUCUUAGGCAGAUGCUCUGUGGUGUGCCCAGAUCUUAUACUUGCCUAAACCUCAGACGGAAGGAGCCCAGGCUGAGCUGUUCUUGGAGCUACAGUCACAUUCAUCAUUCUGAGAUGGUCAUACCAGUUCACCAGCAUAAUCUCUUCUUGAAGUUUCAUUGUCUGCUGCUGAUCAGGGUGGCCACUGACAGCACAUGGCUUCUCCUCCAGCUCAGAGCAAAGCUCCUCUCAAGGGUCUGAUGAGCGUUUCCUUUUGUUUUUGCUGCAUGGAUCUUCUCCUCCUUCAGACUCUAGCUAAGAAUUGCUCUUUCUCCCGCCCUUUCUCACACUUGGACAUCGUUGCUCUCUUGACUCUUUGAUUUUCCUGAUGCUUGCUGGGUUUCUUCCUGGCACUGGAUUCCAGUUUGAGCCACUCUCUGAUAAUUUGUACAGACUACAAGGAGCUUUCUGGUGUUCCACCUUGCACUGUUGGACGGCCUGCGCUAAGGAAACAUCCCAUAGAUCUGUUACUUCUGAUCUCCCUCCUCCCCAAGAUUAUGAAGGUAGUGGCCUGGUGGCUUCAUUACUAUACUAACCCAUUGGGUAGUCUGAACCCAUCACUGGAACUUAUGGCCCCAUGGUUGGGGGAAGUGGGAAGGGGAUAGGACUGUUUGAUCCACCUAUGUUUUUGGAAAUGCUACACUACUUUAUUAAAACAGCAAAGUGAUGAGACCAUCAACUUUUAUGACCUCGGCUCUCCUUAUCCUUUCAGGCCAAGAUUUGAAGUUGUAAAGAAGUAACAAAACUCUUAAAUAAAAGUCCAUACUAGGGAUGUCAGCAUGUCCUUGACUAUAUGAUUAACCAAUAAGCCUAGGUUUAUCAGCUAAUCUU